AAGGAUAUACUUUUGAUGAGCUAUGCAUCAAGAGAGAAUCUAUAGAGGGAGAACACAAGUUUUUUGCAAAAUCUUUGGGAACAUUAAUCGUUUUUGCCAUUUCAAAGGGAAAAAAAGUACUGUCAAGUUCCUUUGUGAAUAAGCAAGAGAAAUACACUGUGGAAGGAGUGCAAAAUCUUGGAGACAAAGCAGUGAUGUGUCAUGGGCUCAAUUUCCAAACGGUGGUGUUUUACUGUCAUGAAGUCUGCGGAACAUCAGCUUUCAUGGUUUCACUUGUGGCUGCUGAUGGAACCCAAACUCAGGCACUUGCUAUUUGCCACUCAGAUACUUCAGGCAUGAAUCAUCAAAUGCUUCAUCAAAUUAUGGGAGUUGAUCCUGGAACUAACCCUGUUUGCCAUUUCCUUGGCACCAAAGAAAUUUUAUGGGUACCCAAUUUAGCUGUGGACACUGCCUAUCAGAAAGAAGUUGUUCUUUAGUCCAUCUUCGAUCCGCACCAGGAGUUUGAGUUUGUCUUUGUCUGUAAAGUUUAGUAUUGUGUGUAUGUUUGUUCUACCUAUGUGUACCUUAAACCUCGUCAUUAUGCUAUCAAUGCAGCUGUUGAUGAUGAUGGUUGGAUGCAAUAAAUAUGGUGUUCUAUGAAUUUCAUUAGUAUGCCA